AUGGUAUCCUCAGUCCUGUCGAACUUCGUCCUGUCGAACCUCGUCCUGUCGAACCUCGUCCUGUCGGACGUCGCCAAGCCGAACAUCGUCAAAUCUGCGUCCGAUCGGCGCGAGUACCGAUUUGUCGAGCUGAGCAAUGCCCUCAAGGCCGUCCUCGUGAGCGAUAGCUCCGCGACGCUGGCAGCGGCAGCGGUGGAUGUGCGCUCCGGCUCCGCGAAUGAUCCCGACGACGUGCCAGGCCUCGCGCACUUCUGUGAGCACAUGCUCUUCCUCGCCUCGGUUAAGUACCCUGUCGAGCAGGACUACGAUGCGUUCCUCAAGCGGCACGGCGGCUUCUCGAACGCAUUCACGGCGGACUCGCACACAAACUUUUACUUCGAGGCGCCCCUCCGCCCCGCCCAGCACCCUCCGCCACUCCUCCACCGCACUCCUCCGCCGCACCGCCCACCGCCCCCCACGGCGCUCGACCGGUUCGCGCAGUUCUUCAUCGCGCCGCUAUUCUCGGUGGGCGGCGUCGCGCGAGAGAUGCACGCCGUCGACUCUGAGCACGCCAAGAACCUGCAGUCGGACGCGUGGCGCCUCUGGCAACUCGGCCGCUCCCUCGCGGCAGCCGGCCACCCGCACAACCACUUCGGGACCGGCUCGCUGCAGACGCUCAACCGGACCGGCGUGCACAGCGAGCUGCUGCGCUGGUACGGGGACCACUACCUCUCUCACACGAUGACUCUCGCCAUCGUCGGCGCCGAGGACCUCGACACGCUGCAGAGCUACGCCGCCGACCUCUUCUCGGCUGUGCCCCGCUCGCACCCUCCCCCCUCGGGCGCCGCAGCGGCGCCGCCGCCCCCCCCGGUGGCGCCGUCGGCGUCGCUCUUCGCCACGGCGCCCGCCGCGUUCCUCGUCCGGCCGGUGCGGUCGCUCGAGCUGCUCCGCAUCAUGUGGUCUCUCCCUCCGGUCGAGUCCGAGUACCGCUCGCGCCCGCUCCGGCUCGUCUCGCGCUUGCUCGGUGGCGAGUCUGCCGGCUCGCUGCGGUCGGCGCUCGUGCGGCGGGGGUGGAUCGAGGGCGUGACGACCAGCGUGGAGCGGCAGCCGGCCUACUCGCUGCUUGUCGUCGACCUCGACCUGACGGCGCGCGGGCUCGCGCACUGGCGCGAGGCGCUCGAGGUGGUGUACGCCGCCCUGCGCGCGAUACGCGGCCGCGGCGUGACGCAGCAGGUCUUCGAUGCGCUCCGCUCCGAGGACGAGCUCUCCUUCCGCUUCAAGGCAAAGGAGGAGGCGUCCGACUACGCCUCGGACCUCGCCGCACGCCUCCACCUCUACCCGCCCCAGGAGCUUCUCACGGCGCCGGAGGUGACGCCCGCUUUCGACGGCGACCGCACGCGCGAGCUGCUGCGCCAGCUGCAGCCGACAUCGAUGCUCGCGCUGCUCGUCUCGCAGACGCUAACCGCCAACGCCACCGACGGCGCCUCUUCAGAGCGCUGGUACGGGACGCAGUACUGGCCGAUUCCGCUGCCGGACGACUUUCUUUCCCCGCCUCCUCGGAACCCGUACCUGCCCACCGACUUUGAGCUGCUGGAAGCGUCAAGCUCGCCCUUCGUCUCGGACCCGCCCGCGCUGCUGCGGCGUGGCGCGCGCUCGCGGCUCUGGCAUCGCGCCGAGGUCAGCUUCGGCUUGCCCGUCGCCGCCGUUCGCGUCGCGCUGCACACGCGGGCCGUCUCUGCGAGAGAGGGGGGCGAGGGCGGCGGCGAGGGCGCGGCCUUCGCGCUUCUGCACACCAUCUACCUCGAGAUGCAGCUCCGCGAGGCGGCGUGGGACGCUUCGCGCGCCGGCCUCGCCGUCAGCCUAUCCGCAACGUCGACUGGCUUCGAGCUCUCGGGCCACGGGUACGCGCAGACGCUGCCCGCGUACAUGCUCACGGUGCUGCGGCAGGCGCGAUCGCUGCAGCCGGAUGCGCUCCGCUUUGCCACCGUCAAGGCGCUGGUGGAGCGGCAGCUUGCGGACGAGGAUAAGGCCGCCGCUUAUCAGGUCGCCUACCAAGCUUGGUCGCACUUGCUGCUCCGCGUCGCCCCCACGCCGGCGGAGCAGCUCGCCGCUGUUCGCUCCAUCCGGCUGCCUCAGCUCGUUCGCUUCGCCGCCGACGCCCUCUCGAGUUGGGCGUCCUCCGACUUCCUCUUCUUUGGCAAUCUCGACGCCGCCGGCGCUGUGGACGCAUACGAGGAGCAGCUGGGCGCGCUCUUUGAGGACGGGGCCGCGCCGGCCGGGCUGCCGGCCGCGCCGUCGCAGCAGCAGGCGGUGGCGGACUUGGGCGGGCGGGCGCUGCUCCGUGCGGUCGCGCACCCAAACCCGCAGGAGACCAACUCGGCUGUCCGGCUCACGCUCGUGCUCGGCGAGCUGAGCGCGCGCGAGGCGGCGACGGCGCAGCUCCUCGCAAAGAUGGUCGAGCCCGCCUUCUUCGCCUCGCUCCGCACCCGGCAGCAGCUCGGCUACCUCGUCUGGUCCUUCGGGCGGGAGGUGCGUGGCGUGAGCCUCCUCUACUUCAUCGUCCAGUCGUCGAGCGCCUCUCCGCGCCACGUCACGGCCUCCAUCCACGCCUUCUUGGAGGAGGAGGCGGAGGCGCUGCUCAACUCCACCGCGGCGGCCGACUUCGCCGCCUACGCCGCCGCCGCCCGCAAGGAGCUGCUCGACCCGCCCGAGCAGCUCGAGGCGGCGGCCGAGGAGGCGUGGGGACAGAUCGCAGCCGAGCGCUUCUGCUUUGCGCGGCGGCGCGAGGUUGCGGUGGCGCUC